UAUUUUGGGCAAGGCCCAAGUCUAUUAAUAAUUUCCAUAUCCAUAUUCAUUAUCCACAGCUAUCGGCCAAAGUCCAAGCAGACGGAACACAAAAUCUAAACUCUGCCUGUCUGUGUUCGUGUUUGUGUUUCUGUCGAAGUGAAAAAUGGGAAAAGAUCGAAACGGUUCUGUAGUAGAGAAAGAUGACAUAGACGAAAACCAAAAACGCAAAGGUAAAACUAGAGAUAAUAAUGUAGACACCGAUUCAGAUUCACGACAUCGAAGCCGUAUCAAACACAGAAGAGAUGUAACUGAUUCUGAUUCUGACUCUGGGUCUGUUUCUGAAUCAGAAGAAGAAGAAGAAAUAGAUAAUAGAAAGCGCAACAAAGGGAAACGAAGAUCGCGAAAACGACGCAGUAGAAGCUACGAUUCAGACUCGAGCUCGGAGGAGAGUGAGAGUGAAAGUGAAAGCGAGAGCGAGAGCGAAGAGGAGAGGAGGAGGAGGAAGAGGAGAGAAAGAAGGAGAAGGAGAGAGAAGGAAGAGGAGAGAGAGAGGAAAAAGCGGAAGCGAGAGAAAGAAAAGAAGAGGAGGAAGAAAGAGAGGGAAGAAAAAAAGAAGAGAAAGAAGGAGAAAGGGAAAAAGGGAGCUGUUACUGAUUCUUGGGGAAAGUAUGGUGUUAUUAGAGAGACUGAUAUGUGGAAUAAACGGCCGGAGUUUACUGCAUGGUUAGCAGAAGUGAAACAGGUGAACCUGGAAAGUCUGCCCAACUGGGAAGAGAAGCAAAUGUUCAAAGAAUUUAUGGAGGACCACAACACAGCAACAUUUCCUUCUAAGAAGUACUAUAACCUUGAUGCUUAUUACAAGCGUCAAAUGGAAAAGGAAAUGAAAAAGGGUUUCAAGAAGUUCCAAGAAACAGAACGUACUGUUUUCAAUGACGAAGAACAACGUCGGCAAGAACUGAUGCGAGCACGAGAAAAGCAGAAGGAGCAAGAGGUGGAAGCUUUAAAGAUCUCCAUGCAGAGUGGAAUGGCACAAGCAAUGAAAGAGCAAACCCAGCUCAGGGAAGAGAUGGCUUACCAGUACAAGCUUGGCAACUUCGAGGCUGCUGCUGCUAUUCAGAGAAGGCUGGACCCAGACAUUCCGAUGUGAGAUAGACUUUGUUGCGGGGAUUAACUAGUAACAGUAACUUUGCAUUAUGAGUCACAUUCAGAUCUCUUGCCGGCAAGAAACCUUUUAAGGCAUCUCUACCUGUAGUCACAGCUUCUUGAGAUAACCGCUGCUCAACUUUAGAGAAAAGAAUGGAUCCAGUGUUUCGGUGUUGGUGUUGCCAGUUUAGGCCGGUUUAUUCCUUGUACUCAAUUUUGCAGAUUAUAGGAAUUUCAUGUCCUUACGCACUUCUCUGCUAAUAUAAGUUGGGUUGUCA